CAGUGUAUUAUCUUUUUAUUCGGAUUCCCGCCAUUUUACUAAACAUCAAUAAUCAACAUAACCUUUUUCCUUGUAUCAUUUAACUCAAAUAUUUUUUGAAAAAUCCGUUUAAUUUGUCAUUAUUAUUGUUUAUUUAUUAAUUUUAAGUUAAAAAAAAUGAGUUCUACAAAAAAGUACGAUAUUCCAGGCUACAUUCUCGACAGGGAAACUGGACUCUAUAGUCCAGGCAAUCUAGACGAAAUUGUACAUCUUUAUUCUGCAAGGAAAUCGCCUAGAAAUAUAACAAAGGCUAAUGGGCGAGCUUCCUCCCAAAUAGAUUCCAAAAAAACAGAGAGGGGCACAACUAAACGUCCUAUUUGUAAUGAUUUGCCAGGAUUUAUACGAGACCCUGAAACUGGCAAAUUCAAGGCAGUUCCAUUUGACGUUAAAGAUUUGCCUAUAUUCAAAAAUACUCCUGCAAAUGAAAAUCUUCAGCCAAAUAAAUUCCAAAAAAAUGAUCAGGGUGUUAGGAAGGAGCUUUUUACAAAACCCUUGCCUGUUGCUAGGAAUGCUAGGCCUUCUUUGCGCCAAAGUUAUUUAGCAAAGGGGAUAACAAAGCCAAAACCACUGAAAAAGUCUGCCUUACCUUCAAUAAUAAUAACCAAUAGUGACGACACCCAGUUGGCUGUACCUCUUCCGCCAACUCCAGUAUUGAACCUACGACCGCCCAAACAGCUAAAGCCUUCUUCGGAACCAAAAUCGGACGAUAUUUUAAAAAUUUCCAAAACCCAAGAGUUGAUUUUAGAAAAACUCGAAAACAUCUUUAAAUUAUGCCAAGAAAACAAUGAAAAACUGGAAAAAGUCCAGCAGGUUCAGCAACAGCAAGGUGAAGACAUAAAAAAAAUUCUGACGAUUGUUGCUACACAAGAAACUGUAAAAGAACGCACCCCUUUAAAACAAAAACUUUCCUCCCUUCACCCAAAACUAUACUCGACCAAACAAUCUGCUUCCAAAAAACCCUCUACAAACAUAUCCUCAAUUCAAGAAGAAGAAGACUUAAAAACACCAGAUUCCCAUGCAGAAACUGAUGAGUUUGUCAAAAUGGAACAACUUUGCAUGACCCCAAAAAACGCCUCCUUAACCCCUGUUUCCUCAGUUUGCAACUUAUUCAAAACCAUGGACGUUGAUGAAGAAUCCCCUAAAAGACGCUCUUUGAGACUAAAAGGAAAACUAAUAAUCGACAAUCAAGUAUCACCAAUAAUAAUGAAAUCUGAUGAUUUACGUAAAAAAACUCUAACUAGAAGUUUAGUCAAAAAGUAUCAAGCAGAUAGUCCUAAGAGUCCUAGGACUCAGAAGGCUUUUGAUAUGUAUGUGUCAACGAAAAAAGACUAUGGUUAUUUGUUGACGCCUUCUUUUUCAAAGGACAGGCCCUUAAGUGACAGCGGCAACAGCGCACGGAAGAGAAUUUCUCAAAAGGUGCAACAACAAUGCUUGUUGCUACAAGACACACCUUAGUGUUUAUUGUUUUCUUGCUGUAUUUUUGAGUUAAUUUAUUUUAUAUUUUUUUUCAAUAAAAGGAAUUUUGCGUUUGG